AUUUGAUACACAGUGUUGUGGAUGAUAGUUGUGCAGGUUGCUUAUAACAGAAUUACAUUUCUUAAAUAUACAUAGGUAAGCAUAUUGUGGACAAAAUGAAUGUGACGUUAGCUGUCAAACAAUAUGUAUCCAAAAUGAUAGAAAGCAGCGGACCAGGAAUGAAGGUGUUGCUCAUGGAUAAAGAAACAACGAGCAUCGUGAGUAUGGUUUAUACACAGUCUGAGAUCCUGCAAAAAGAGGUCUACCUGUUUGAGCGGAUAGACUCGCAGAACCGAGAAAGCAUGAAACACCUGAAAGCCAUCUGCUUUCUGCGACCAACCAAGGAAAAUGUGGAGAAUCUCAUUCAAGAGCUGCGUCGGCCUAAAUACAGCGUGUACUUCAUCUAUUUCAGUAACGUGAUUAGUAAGAGUGAGGUGAAAGCCUUGGCAGAGGCUGAUGAACAUGAGGUUGUUGCAGAGGUGCAGGAGUUUUAUGGAGACUUCAUCGCUGUGAAUCCACAUCUUUUUUCCCUUAAUCUGCAAGGGGUAGCCCGGGGUCGCAGUUGGGAGCCCAGUGUUCUUCCACGUGUCACUCAAGGAUUGACCUCUGUGUUGCUGGCUUUGAAGAAGUGUCCCAUGAUCCGUUACCAGCUCUCCUCUGACAUGGCCAAAAGACUGGCCGAGAGUGUCAAGCAAAUUAUUACCAAAGAGUAUGAGCUGUUUGACUUCAGGAAAACAGAAGUGCCUCCUCUGCUGCUGAUUUUGGACAGAAGUGAUGAUGCCAUCACACCACUUCUCAACCAAUGGACAUACCAGGCUAUGGUUCAUGAGUUGCUUGGCCUCAACAAUAACCGUAUAGAUCUGUCUAGAGUGCCUGGCAUUACUAAAGAUCUAAAGGAGGUGGUGCUGUCUGCAGAGAAUGAUGAGUUCUAUGCUAAUAACUUGUACCUGAACUUUGGUGAAAUUGGAACAAACAUUAAGAAUUUAAUGGAGGACUUUCAGAAGAAGAGACCAAAGGGCCAGGAGAAGUUAGAGUCUAUUGCUGAUAUGAAGGCAUUUGUGGAUAACUACCCUCAGUUUAAAAAAAUGUCCGGCACAGUGUCCAAGCAUGUAACGGUGGUGGGUGAACUGUCUCGGCUAGUCAGUGAGAGGCAGCUAAUGGAGGUAUCUGAAGUGGAGCAGGAGCUCGCAUGCCAGAAUGAUCACUCCAGCGCGCAGCAGAAUGUGCGCCGUGUGCUGCAGAACCCACGAGUAACGGAGCUGGAUGCGGUGCGCUUGGUAAUACUGUAUGCUCUGCGCUAUGAGAGACACAGCAGCAGCAUCUUGCCAAGUCUCAUUGAAGAGCUAAACAGGAGAGGGGUGUCUGAAAGAUACCGCAAGAUGGUACAGGCCGUGAUCGAAUAUGGAGGCAAACGGGUCAGAGGAAGUGAUCUAAUCACCCCUACAGAUGCUGUGGCCAUCACUAAACAGUUUUUUAAAGGGCUUAAGGGAGUGGAGAAUGUCUACACACAGCACCAACCCCUGCUGCAUGACACGUUGGAUCAGCUGAUUAAAGGCCGUUUAAAGGACAGUCAGUUCCCCUACCUCGGGCCAAGCUCACUGCGGGACAGACCACAGGACAUUAUUGUGUUUAUCAUCGGAGGAGCCACUUAUGAGGAAGCACAGGCAGUUUAUAACUUGAACCGCACUAUGCCGGGGGUGCGCAUAGUACUUGGGGGCACAACAAUUCACAACACCAAAAGUUUCCUGGAGGAGGUCACAUUAGCAGCUGGUUCAACACAUGGAGGGGAAAGGUCACAACGAGCCAGCCGUCCACAAACCAGACGUUGAGUGCCCAUCAAUAGUUCUCUUGUUAAUGUAUAAUUACAGUUGUGUGUGUGUGUGUGUGUGUGUGUUCUGCUUUUGUCCUGCUUAUUGAAGACAUUCCUUUUUGUCAUGAAUGUGGCAUUUUGUACAGUAAGUACAAACCUUAUAUUGAAAAAGUUGGGAGAAUUGUGUAAAUUGCAAUAAAAAGGAGAGUUUGUGAUUUGUUAA